CCCAUGUCGAGUCGAGCGCGAGAGACAGGAGCGUAAGCUUGUCCGCGAUCGUUUGUCCGCGUUCGACAAGUCUUUCAAAUAUCGUGUGUGCAAUCAUUAAACGGUAUAUCUAAAGAUAAUCAUAUUUGUAUAAUCAGUUUUCGAAAUAAAAAUUUGGGAAGACUUGGAAAGUGAAGACUGCGAAGGAACUACAGUUAAUACGGGCUUGUGUGUGGGCAUAUAAUAGCCGAUCGGGCAUACUGGUGACACGAUUGCGGAUUUUCCUUCAACAAGAAAGAACAUACGAAGCUCGCAAAGUGCAUGUGCUAGUGUGCGUGUCACUGGAAAGAGUUCAGAGCCGCUUCGGCGGCGCUCCCAAAUCUAACCGCAGAAUCGAGUCUGUGGUGGUGAGGCCGCGGCACUAUCGGGGCACGAUUGAGUACGAUCACGAUCGCACGCGGCGGGGCCGUUUGUAAUGGAGGAGGUUUCCGAGUGUAUUCCCGUGCGACAGAACAGUCACGGCGAUGCACGCCGUAUUGACUGAAACGCGAUAUCUAUCGUUGACUAUUCCUCCCGGCCGGCCGGGUGAAAGAGGCAGGUCGAAAUUGGUAUGGAAUCGUCCAGGGUCCUCGACACGACGAACACUCUCUCCCGUCUGUGAUAAUUACUAGCCCCUUAAAAAGAGAUAGAAGAAGGGAAAAAGAGAGAGAUAGAGCUGUGUGUGUUUCGCGCGUGUUCUCAUCUGCUCUCUUCAUUACGUUUUUAAGUGUAAACAUUUCCCAAAAUUCAUUUCGAGGUUAGGAUAGCAUGGGGAUUGAUCCCCUGAAGGCAUCGACCGACAAACCGUGACACCUGCGACUCGCUGUGUUACGGUGUGUGCGUGUGUGUGCGUGCAUAUGUGUAUUCUCCCAGGAAGCCGCUGGAGUAUUAUUUUUCAUCGGCGGCCAUCCAAGGGAAGACCAAAGAAGAAAAUAUGUCAAGAAUGGGGAUCGAUCCCCAAUUAAACUCCGUGCAUCGUUUACAUCAUUAAUUCGAUCCGGGACUAACAUUGGCAAUUUUUUAUCAUACAAUCGAUCCUUUCUGUCACGUUAAACAGACUGUCGCGGAUUAUUCUGCCACGACAGAGGACACUCGCACCAUGCAGAAAAGAGACGGUAGAGAUACACAGCUACAGCUCGCGCGUAGCUCUGAACGCGAACAGGAAACGACCAAGAGGAUCUCUCGUGGUAGCGGUAAUGCUACCAGAUUCAACGCGUAUUCCUCCAGGUACAGUGUCACCUCCUCCUCUAAUGUACUCAUGGUCGGUCCGAACUUCCGUGUUGGCAAGAAAAUUGGCUCUGGCAACUUUGGAGAACUUCGACUUGGAAAGAACCUCUACAAUAACGAGCAUGUAGCAAUUAAAUUGGAACCAAUGAGGUCAAAGGCGCCGCAGCUACACUUAGAAUAUAGGUUUUACAAAUUAUUAGGAGCUAAUGAGGGUGUACCAGAGGUGUAUUACUUCGGUCCUUGCGGGAAGUACAACGCUCUCGUGAUGGAACUUCUCGGACCAAGUCUGGAGGAUCUGUUCGAUCUCUGCGGUAGGAGGUUUACCCUAAAGACCGUUCUCAAAAUCGCCACACAAAUCCUCUAUAGGAUAGAAUACGUUCAUAGUCGGCAUUUGAUCUAUCGCGAUAUCAAGCCUGAAAACUUCCUGAUAGGACGAUCCUCGACCAAACGGGAAAAGAUUAUCCACAUCAUCGAUUUCGGACUGGCCAAAGAGUACAUAGACCUGGAGACGAACAAACACAUACCGUAUCGGGAACACAAAAGCCUGACGGGCACAGCGCGUUACAUGAGCAUCAACACACACCUUGGAAAAGAGCAGAGCAGAAGAGACGAUCUAGAAGCGUUAGGCAACAUGCUGAUGUACUUCCUGCGUGGUAGCCUUCCGUGGCAAGGGCUGAAAGCGGACACGUUGAAAGAACGAUAUCAGAAGAUCGGCGAUACGAAGCGGAACACACCAAUCGAGAUUCUUUGCGACGGCCAUCCCGAAGAAUUGGCUACGUAUUUGCGAUAUGUGCGUAGAUUGGAUUUCUUCGAGACGCCCGACUACGAGUACCUGAGGAAUCUCUUCAACGACUUGUACGAGAAACGGGGUUUUGUCAACGACGAAGAAUUCGACUGGACUGGCAAGACGAUGCCACACAACUUCGACCAGUUAAAAAUUCUGAGGAUGGCUCCUCCCUCUCACAUUAUGAAAACUAGAUCCGAAAAGUCUACACCUGUUGGAUCCUUGCAGACUGGACAAGAGAUUAUUGUAUCUCCAAAUCGUGAUCGGCAUCCGUACAAAGAAUGUGAUGAUUUUGAGGACGAUGUUGUCCUCACAAUGGAUGAGGUUCACAUCGAAAUACACGGCAACUACGUGGUAUCCUCGACGAAUGGAGAAUUAGCCAAUGAUGAUCCUACAGCAGGACAUUCUAAUACGCCAAUUACUGCGCCUCAAGAAGUAGACAUGGUCGACGAAACGAAUGUUUGGUUUAUUUGCAGAUGCUGUUGUUUCUUCAAACGGAAGAAGAAGAAAACUGGAAGACAAAAGUGACUGUCUGUUAUCGUCAGUCUUGGGGGGGACAAUACAGUGCGCGUGUAACAGAAGUGCAGAUGAAGUUUUUUUGGAGAAUGUGUUGCGGCAGUGCGUGAAAGGACCAUGGAUAAAGAAAAGCUGCAGCCGAUCCGCAAUAGGGGAGGCCGUUACCUUGCUACGUGCCGGAAGUCGAUCCGCUUCUCAAGAUUCGGUGCUGCACAUCAUCGUCACGAUGUCACGCCUCCGUCGUUAUCAAAUUAAACCACAGCCAUCAUUAUUACCGCUAUUAUUACUACUAUUAUUAUCAUUAUUAUUAUCACGAUUAACUUUGCUCUUCUUCUUUUUCUUCUUACGAUUAUUAUUACGAUCACUAUUAUAAUAUUAUAUUAUUACUAUAUUAUUUUAUUAUUAUUAUUAUCGUUUAUGAUUAUCAUCGUCAUUUCGUGUACGAUCGUCGUUCAAAUGAAAGAAGAACAUCGUUUGUCAAUGUCGAUGUUAGCGAAUAUAUUGUAAACUUGUGACUGAAGAUAGUCGAGCCGUUGGUUCAAUACCGGCAGAUUGGUCUACCUAACCGUAACACGGAUAUGUAAGAGUAAGGAAUUGACGUACGGAUGGUGAAAGAACGUGUUUGUGCCUCUCAUCUUGUUCCGCGGUGGCGCGCUUUUCAACACGUCAUCAUUGCGAAAUGUGUUACGAUAUACGUGUAUUAAAUCGUAAAACAAUUGAAGCUGAAGAUCUCAUUUUACUCAAAGUCCCGGAUAACGAGCGUAGCGUACUCCUGCUUGUAUCGAAGUUUAUAAACAAACAUUUAUGAAGUCUGAUCGACUGGAAAGGCAUGAAACUGAAAGGGUAAAACACGUUCGCGUCUGCUUAACUCCGGUCAGUUCCAAACGCGUUUGAUACGGCGGCGUUCUUCAAAUUCGUGAUCGUGUAAGUUGCCUUUCCUUUGUUUUCCUUUCCAAUGACUACGA